UCUCAUAGGUGAUGGGUCGAGGCAUCGAGUGGGAGCCCAGACUGGCCCGUAUAAAAGGGGGCUUCAAGACAUCCGCGGAGCAUCAGUCCUCAAAUCAAGGAACGGCAGCAACCAUGAGGGCAUUCGUGAUCCUGGCGCUCGUCGCGACGGCGAUGGCGCGGCCGGAAGCCGGAUACUCUUACAGUCAACCGAGCAGUAGCUACGGUGCUCCCGGAGGUGGUUCCAUCGGAGGUUUCGGCGGAACUGGCGGUGGUCUCGGUGGUGGACUCGGCGGUGGACACGGCGGUGGUCUGGGAGGUGGAUUCGGCGGCGGUUCCGGUGGCGGAUUCGGCGGCGGCGCCGGUGGCGGAUUCGGCGGCGGCGCCGGUGGCGGAUUCGGCGGCGGUGCCGGUGGCGGAUUCGGCGGCGGUGCCGGUGGCGGAUUCGGCGGUGGAUUCGGAGGUGGCGAUUUUGGAGGCGGCGGAUUUGGAGGCGGAGGCUCACUCAUUCAGAAACACAUCUACGUUCACGUGCCACCCCCGGAGGCACCCGAAGAUAGACCGAUCAGGCCGAUCGCUCCACCGGCCCCGCCACAGAAGCACUACAAGAUCAUCUUCAUCAAGGCGCCCACUCCACCGACCCCGACCGCACCUGUAAUCCCGGCGCUACCGCAACAGGAUGAACAGAAGACGCUUAUCUACGUCUUGGUCAAGAAACCCGAAGAGGCACCCGAGAUCAACUUGCCCACUAUCGCGCCCACUCAGCCCAGCAAACCGGAAGUCUACUUUAUCAAAUACAAGACGCAGAAAGAAGUCACCGGUGGAGGCGGCGGUGGUGGCGGCGGUGGUCACGGUGGUGGCAUUGGCGGUGGAAUCGGAGGUGGAAUUGGAGGUGGAAUCGGCGGCGGAAUCGGCGGUGGUAUCGGCGGCGGUAUCGGCGGCACCGGCAUCGGUGGCGGAAUCGGCGGCACCGGACCGAGCGGACCCAGCACGAAUUACGGGCCACCCGGUGCGUCCGGACCAUACUAGUCAAUUCACCGCUACCCCAAAAGUCGCGGCCCCUCCGUCCUUCUCCUCCAUCAUUCACCGAUACACACGCAUACACUGCUCAACACAUACCUCUAACACGAUCAGCGACGAUGAUACUUGCCGUAUUGACGUAUCGCUGUAUUGUAUAUCGCGCGAUCGCCGAGAGAUAAAGACGACAACAAUGAUGAAGGCGGCGAUGAUGAUGACGAUAUUGAAUACGAUGACGACGACAAUGAUGAUAGUGAUGAUGAGAAUAAUGAUGAUAAUGAUAUCGAUGAUCACAACGACGACUACCAUGAUGAUGAUGUUGACGACGAUAAUGACGACGAUGAUGAUGAUUACGACGACUAGAGCGAGGGAGAGAUGUUUUUUAUACUUAUUUUUUGCAAGAAAACGGUGGCGAAAUAAAGCUUUUUUAUGUAUUUUUACAUAAAA